GCGCCUUAUAGGGCGCGGCGCCAUUUGGGAGGGCAGCAGACGUGACGCAGCGGCCCGCAAUGGGCGUGAGUCUCUCGGAGGGGUAAUCAUCCUUACGGGGAGGGAGACAUUCCUGGCCGGGUUCUCACAUCGCCCAGAAGGCGGAGAUAACAAGGCCGCAACCGGAGAAGCUGCGCGAUAGGGCAGGCAUCUUCCCGCAACCUUCCCCGUGGCCAGGGCCGUCUGAAGUCUCCUCCUGCGCAGGAAAUGAGCGGGAGGCAGCCAUUUCCGCACAUUUAACCAGCUGGGAAGAUUUGUAUGACAGGAGCUCUCUCAAACGGUCACAGAAAACGGUCACAGAUUUCUUCACCCUACAACGUCCUGCCAUAUUUUGAAGAUGAUGGCUUCUCAUUGGCUGUUUGCUGUGGCCCUGGUGGUCUGCCUGUCACAUCGGUCCGUUUACUCUCGAACGCUUCAAGACGAGACCGCCGACACCUCCCGACAGGGGACGAAUGUUGCCGAGUAUUACCGACAGGAAGGAAACAACGGGCGGUGCACCUACACGUUCGUUGUCCCGACAGAGGACGCGCCGUGUGCAAAAUCCGCACAGGACCACAGUACCGCCAUUUUGGAAAUAAAAGACGACAUGGGGAAGAUGAAGGCUCUGUGGUCUGACUUAAACUCUCGUUUAGCUGCACUAGAACAGCAAAACACCGUAGUUACAAGGGCUCCCGAGCAGAUAAUGGAUCAGUCCGCCAACAUGGAAAGUCGUCUGCAAGAGAGUGAACAUAAGAUUCAGCACCUCAUGACGUUAAUGAUAAACCACACACACGACAUCAAGGUCUUGCAGGACUCGUAUCGUCAGGUGGAUAAUAACGCGAUAGUUUUAUCUCGCGUCAUGGCUGAGAUUAUGGAGCAGAACCGGGGCCUUCAGGCGGGGCUGAGAGAUGACCGCGGUGCGGUGAAAAAGCUGCAGUACACGGUAUCAAACCAGACGGAGACGACCAACCAACUGCGAGCGCUGGUCGUCCGCCAGAACGAGGUCAUCAACGAGCUCAGCAAGCAGAUUCUCGAGAACCGCGAGAAUUCGCGAGAUUUGGAGAGACAACUGGGAUGGCUGAAACAUGCACAGGCAGAGGGUACUGCCGAUGAUCGCGAAGGAAUGAAGAACCUGACUGAUAUAAUAUUCAACCUUCAGAAUGACAUUAUCCGCGAACAAGCCUCGAUACGCGUCCAACUGCGCACUGUCCUCAGGAAGCAGAAGAGGUCUGGGAAGAAAUUUGAUGAGACCAUCCGAGACCUGACGCAAGUGAUUGUGGGAGUUCAGAAGGAGGUGAACAAGGCUUCCCCGAAGGAAGCGAAUGACGCGUCCUCUACCGUGACGCUGUACCAGAGGGCGGGGGCGAUGGUGGCCCACGACAAGCGGCCGAUGUCCGCCGGUACCGGUCAGAACGACCCUGCCAAGAGGAUACCCAUGCUGGUCAUGGACCUGCCCAAAGGAGGGAGAGCGGAAGCCGUCAAACUUGCAAACGACUGUGCUGAGAUCUACCGCGGUGCACACCGGAAGGACGGAGUCUACACCAUCGGGAUUGGGCAUGACGUCAUGUCCGUGUUCUGCGACAUGACGACGUCACGAGGCGGGUGGACCGUGUUCCAGAGACGCCUGGACGGUGCGGUGGACUUCAACCGCAACUGGGCUCAGUACAAGCACGGCUUCGGCACGGCAGGAGGUGAAUACUGGCUUGGGAACGAGAACCUGCAUCUCCUGACCAGGGGCGGGAAGUACAUGCUGCGGAUUGAUUUCGAGGACUGGGAAGGUGUGAAACGGUUCGCGGAAUACGACAGCUUUAAGUUGGAGCCUGAGGUCGACAAAUACCGACUGAGGCUGGGGAACUAUGACGGUACGGCGGGAGACGCUUUGAUUCACGACAAGAACGACCAGUUCUCCACGUACGACCAGGACCACGACAGCAGCCAGAACAACUGCGCCCAGCUGAAGAGUGGCGGCUGGUGGUACAGCGACUGCAGCAGGUCCAACAUCAACGGAAGGUACUACAAGACCGGUAUGUACCACUCUACCUACCAGAACGGAAUCUACUGGCACGACUUCCGAGGGGUGUGGUACUCUCUCAAGUCCGUACAGAUGGCGAUCCGCCCCGUGGACUACAGGCAGUAAAGCACCUCACCAGGAGGAGUGUCAAGCGAAAAUUCCAGGAAACGGAGUCUUUUCUAGUGACAUGAAGUUUCCAGGAGAAGACGAGUUCUUUCUUGUGACGAUGGUGUUCCUUGGAGGUCCAGGAGCGCGCGUUGUUUUGAGUGACUAUCUGAAGUUCUCAGAGUUCCAAGAAUUCGUCUUGUUUUCAGUGACAAUGACGUGCCUCUCGCACUUCUAGGAAUUACGUGUUGUGUCUAGUGUCACCAUGUGGAGUUCGUCAGAUUUCCAGGAACUCGUAUACGGUUCGUUUGAAGUGACCAACGAAGUUCCUCAAGCUGCCUUGGUGAUGCCGGGGUGGUUCUGCCUGUGCUGAGUGUUAACGUUGGUUGUUGGACGCGUUACGUUGUGUCCGGGAAACGGCGUCUAUCUACGGAUGUUGAACUUGACUUGGAACUACACUCACCUUCAGAGUGAAUGUGUACAAAUUAAAAGUAUUUGAGUUGAUCUUUUUUCCAUCUAUACUGGUACUGUGCGCAAAAAUCUAGAAGCUUAAAUAAUGACAAUAUGUCAUUAGUUAGAUUACAGACUAGGUUUAACAUGAUAACGUACGACAGAUUUAGUGUGGUACUUGUGCAAAAUGAAAGGCCGCUAUAGCUACCUAUACAUGUCUGCCUAACAUAUAACUGAUAAAAAAAGAACUUGCACUCGUAGAUUUGACACUUCAACGUUUACGUUACUAAUACUUGCUGAUCCUUGCUAGGAACCGCUCUGUAAACCUUCUAAAUCGUCAGUCCUUUUUCCUCUUUCAAGCCUGUCUGCGUUCCUUAUUUUCCUUUCUACCUCGAACAUAAAGCUGGAGUUUUAUAACGUUAUUGAUUAAUAAAAAAAUUAUAUCACUCCUGGGCUGAUGUGCCAACAAAGACUUUUUGAUUGGUUGAUAAGAUGCCAGUUAAUAGGAUGGCCGCAACCACGUGGUAUGAAUGAUUGAAGAAGACACUAUAAGAAAUGGUAAUUAUCAAGCGUCUUUAAAACGCCGUUUAACAAUGGUCCCACUAAUCAAACUUUGAUGCGAGCAUCAAACGUUGAUUUUUGCAUCGAGAAUGUUCUCAUUGUUGUGUACCAUCUGUAAUAGACCUAUCACAUACUUCCGCCCACCUCCGUCAAAGCCUAUAGGUGCAUUCAAAAAAGCAUAAAAAUGCAAAUGUUUGACGGACAGUCACUCUCUCAUUGGUCGAACUGGUAAUUGUGAUGGACAGUCAGGUCCGGUCUAUAUUGUCUCACGCUGCCUAGAAAUCACCUGCCACACUAAACAAAUCUCAUUCCGUCGUAAUGUACACAAACUGACCUUGAAUAUCACCAGGGGUCACAAGGUCAUGCCGUGCCCCCCUCCCCAUCAGUCGCGGCACGUGCGGCAUGUCCCCGUGCCCGUAAGCGGGGGUCCGCGAGGCAUGGGCCGUCACAGCACGCCAAAUUGGCCGCGACAUUCCCGUAAACAACCAAAUAUAUCAAAUUCCAGUUCCGUCGUUAGAGCACUUUUCUCCCGUGGGACUUUUUAAACACGAGCUUUAUUUGAAGCCAUGAUAAGCUCAUCCAGAUAUAAUUACCUCUUGGCAUUCUCGUGAAUGGAUCGCUCAUUUUAACGUUCGUUGUUAUGGGUGGCAACAACCACGAUAAAACUUAAAUACGAAUACUUAGCAAGCAUUGAGUGAACACUUGAAAAAAAUAAACAUUGUAAGAGACCCUCGUUUAAUCAAAUAUCCCAAAACAUCCAAUGCAACAAGAAUAACUGUAAAUGGAAUAGGUAACUCAAAAUGUGAAGCUCUUGCCUUGCAUCCUUGUCUUUUCGCACGACUAUUAAUCGAAAUUUAACAUUUUCAUCGAGAUGACAUUAUUUUUGCUAACAUAAGUGGUGGUAUCCACAAAUAAACAAUAAAUGGAAGGACAUGACCACUUAGAAGAUUACAUGAGAAUGUGAUACAUUUUAUCGUGGGAGGGGGAGGGUUGUAAGACAAGUCAUUAGACAUACAGCUGUGAAGCGGUGACAGAUGAUGAUGUAUUGUUGACAGCAGCCAAAUGAGCGGUGUUGACGUGCAUGUUAACUCCAUGGGGGGGGGGGCUAAUUUAUCAUUUCUCGACCUUUAUAAUGAUAAAGAGAGCAAAUUGGGGGUACACUAUACUACUUGUACUGAUGUCAUCGGUUAUUAGGUUUACUCCUGACUCGAUUGUGGUGAUACACAGAUAGUUCAGUGUUAUUGAUUUAAGACCAGACCGUCAACAAAGAUUUCAGGACGCAGUUUGACAUUCUGUUACACAACAUAUGAUAUUUGAGACCUAUACAAUCCAUGGCGUUUUCAAUUUUGUUGUACAGUAUUGAUACUGUAAAUGUAGAAAUAUUUGCGGUGGUUCCAUGUCCACAAUUUUCGCCGUGACCGCUUCAUCACUCACUGACAACCACCUCAAACAUAUUUUCUGACUGCUGUCUGUUUUCCUUUGUGUUUACGGUGAGCACCACAUGUAUUUAUAAACCGUACAGUAUUACGAUGUGUUUUCUAGCACCUGUUACACCAAAGAAUGCACGAAUACUAGGAUGACACACAUUGAAAAGUCCCAAUCCUCAAACAUUUUAAACAUAUUUUACGAAGAAAGUUAAUCCAAAUCAAAGCCAUAAUUUACUAUACUAUUCCUCCCUAGAUCGACCACAUAUUGUUGUAGCACCUUUGCCUCGAAAUUAUAUUGAGUUCGUCAUACAAUUGUCAUUUGUUACGACAAGAUACAUGCCAUAUUGCAUGAUGGCUAGUGUUUUUGAUCGAUUGUUGUUACUUUGAACGGUAUCUGAGGUUGUUUAUCCUCUAUUUCAUUGAUUGAUUUCUAUAUAUGUUAUUUAUGAUUAGAGGAUAUUUCAGUAACCACAUAUACACAAACGACUCCGCAGUUGUACAUACGGGUUUACUGUACUAGAAGAACAUAUUUUUACAUACUUAGCGAAUAUUUUUGUACGAGUGCACGUAUGUUUAGGAUUGUCGUUCGUCGACUGGAAAGCAGUGAUAUGUUAAGAAUUAGGUUUUGAUUUUGACGUUUGAAGGUCUUGGUGUACCCUGGGUGGUAUACGUCGAUUAUCCUAUGACAAUGUCUGGAUAGAAGACAAAAACAAAAUGCCAUCUUAUGACCUGAUCUGUACAGUCCUAUGAAUAUACUUGAUUUACAGGUGUCCAGAUGUAUUAAACAAAUAGUUCUUUGCUUUA